AUCUCCAACCCCAAAACGCCACUCGGCCAGAGUCACCCUGCCGGCGUGCACACGAUCUCCCGGCGCAUCCGACGAGGCGCUUUCUUGGCAGCCAGUCCGAUCGGACACCAGCAACGCGUCUCGAGAGAGCUACCAGGAAUGCAAAAAAAGCUACGCGAGUAGACAAGACGCUGCUGACGAGGUCGACGAAGAGCGGGGGAAUGCGCACUCCCCUCAAGUGUAGUUACCCCAAGCGGAAAGACGUCCAUCGCGGCCUCCACUCUCGACGUGCGUGCUUGGAGAUCCGAGUGGGCGAGGGACGGGAGGGUGUCGCGCGGACCGCCCCUCAAGCGAGGCGAUCAUCUGCUCGCAGCCACUCACGGAGCUCCUUUCGCGAUAUGCAGGGCCGGCGCCGACGCAGCUGCUUGCUGCUUUCAGCAUGCCUGCGGUAUGGCCGCCGCGAGGCCCUUUGCCGUCCCCCCAUAGCACGACACCGUGCAGACGCCCGCUUCAGCCAGCCUUCGAUCGGCCCUCCGGACAGCCGAUUAAGCUCCUGCAGAGCUGCUGUGCGUUGCCUACGCGGGUCAAACAUAAUAAGAGCCACAGACCGGGGUGGGUUGAUUAUUGAAAAGGUGGUGCUCACGCCUUCGUUUCUUUCUACACCUCACCAUUUUCCCCUUUCCUUUCCUUGCAGCAGUUCGCUUCUGUCCCUUGGCCCUCACCGUUUCCGUUGUGCUCGGAUUUGAGCGCCGGCUAAUUCUGAGUCAACCAUCAUGGA